AUGGAAGGAGAGCAAUUUUCAUUAUGUUGGAAUAAUUUCCAUACAAAUUUGAGUUCUGGUUUCCAUUCCCUUUUGAAAGAUGAAGAUUUAGUAGAUGUUACUUUAGCUGCUGAGGGAAAAUUUAUUAAAGCCCAUAAGACAGUAUUAUCAGUAUGUAGUCCAUUUUUCAAGGAACUCUUCAGGGUUAAUCCGUGCAAACAUCCUAUAGUUAUCCUUCCUGAAGUGAAUUACGAGGCUCUUACCAGUUUAAUGCAUUUCAUGUACCAAGGGGAAGUAAGUGUCAGCCAGGAAGAAAUACCCACAUUCAUGAGGGUAGCAGAAAUGCUGAAAGUUAAAGGAUUAACUGAUAAUGGUGCUUCCCCUUCGUCAGUGAGUAUUUUUUAA